GUCUAAAGACUAAACUGAACUACUAAAGCAUUUUCGCCUGUGUUUAGGUCACAGACUCAUCAGCUAAAACAAAACCCUUAAAAACCCCUCUUUAAAAAAUUGAACUUGUGUCAGUGAGACAUUUACAAACUUAUAAGGGUUUAUUAAGAAGCUGAUGCUGCCAUAGAUUUUGGGUUCUUGUUGUCAAAGGCUUUAGCUUUCUGUUGUUGUUACAAUGGUUUCCUUAUCGACAUGGUGUAGAUACAUAGCACGCAAGUUUGAGUACUCUCUUUCUCUAAGUUGGAAGAGCUAUCAAGUAGGUCAAAUCAGCGACAGAGAAGUAGGCGAUACUGUUUGGAAGCAUCUGUUCCAGGGGAAAAUGACAUACUUGCACUGGACUAAAGGAAAAGAGAUGGCUCCAACUAUAGCAGAGCAGGGGGGAACACUUCUUGUUCGGCAUCUAGCAGUUUCAGAUCCAACGCGUGUUUUUGUUGGAGAUGUUGUUGUGUUAAAGGACCCAGAAAAAACGGACAGCCACCUGGUUAGAAGAUUGGCAGCCGUGGAAGGGUAUGAAAUGGUAUCUACUGUUGAGAAAGAGGAACCGUUUAUUCUUGAGAAGGAUGAGUGUUGGGUGUUGUCUGAUAAUGAAGCUCUGAAGGGCAAGGAAGCUAAGGACAGUCGAACAUUUGGCCCCGUACCUAUGACAGAUAUUGUUGGCAGAGUCAUAUACUGUCUGCGAUCAGCUGUGGACCAUGGACCUGUCCAGAACAGUCAUUACAGUAUGCAAAAAGACUCUCCCGUGAUUGCAGUUGAACUGGACGUUGAUGCUAUGGCAAAGAAUCACAAAGCAUAGAACUUGGUGAUCUUGAAUUAUUCUCAAAGCAAAAGCUGAUUCCUUGGUCGAAAACAAAAUCAUGUAUUAUGUGCCGGAGUCCUGAAACCAAAUAAAUGAAAAUAAAGACACGGACAGAAGUUUCAACAGGUGCAUUUGUGAGUAUUUUUCAUGUAAAUUGUUAUUUAUGGUUGGUGGAGUAAAUCAGCAGGUGGGUCUUCUCCAAUUGUUUCUCAAUCUUCUAUUUUAAAUGGAGAACUGCCAAGCUGUGAACUUCUGAGUUUUUCAUCAAUGACAACAAUUUGAUAUUUAGGAUUUUAUACAGAUUGUAGUUCUCU